AUGAGAGCAAAAUUGGAGGUCUUUGCUCUGGUCCUCGGCUUCAUCGGCCUGUUUGGGACCAUAGCUGUCACUGCACUGCCCAUGUGGAGGGUCUCUGCCUUCAUUGGUGCCAAUCUCAUUGUCAUGGAGGAACUCUGGGAGGGCUUGUGGAUGAACUGCUACAGACAGGCCAAUAUCAGGAUGCAGUGCAAGGUGUAUGACUCACUGCUAAUUCUCCCACCAGAGCUGCAGGUAGCCAGGGGGCUCAUGUGUGUGUCCAUAGUCCUGGUUUUCAUCUCUCUGGCCGUCACAGGAUGUGGGACCCAAAAGAGCAGCUGUUGUGACGACAAUAGAAAGAGCAAGAACAUCGCCCUCGCCUUAGGGGGUGGUUUGUAUCUGCUGUCCUUUCUGACCACGCUCAUCCCCGUCAGCUGGGUGGGCCAUACUGUCAUCAGCAACUUCUACAGCCCAACGGUGCUGGAAUCUCAGAAACGGGAGCUGGGGGAGGCCCUCUUCAUUGGCUGGGCCACUUCUGGUAUUCUGCUGAUCACUGGGUUCAUCCUUCUGUUUAGCUACAGCAAACGUAGAUCAAAGGAAGAAGAGCCAAACUUUGACACGUAUCUUAUGGAGGAGCGGGAUGUACAGAAAGAGGGGAGCGUGUACCUAGAGAGGACAACAUCCAGCUUUCAUAAGCAUCAAGAAUAUGUGUAA